GGCCAUUCUUUCUCUACCUUCCGGUACACCACUGAGUUCCUCCGGCGCUCUUCGAGGAACACAGAUAAGGUCGUCGUGGUGGGCAAAGAAAGCAUCGUGUGAUCGCCGCCAAGCUCUUGUCUCUCGAUGAGAUGGCGUCCAGUAUCGACAUUCAUGACGCCGCACAACAAGGCAAUGUCACCGCCAUCGAAGCCUACAUCCGUUUGGGGGGCAACAUGUACGUGCAGGACAAACAAGGCAAUCCCCCUCUGCACGUGGCAUCAUGGCACGGGCGAGAAGCAUCCGUGGCGGCUUUCAUUGACGCCGGCGCUGAUCCCGCAGCGUUAAACAGACUUGGACAGACGCCGCUGUAUUUCGCCCAAAAAAAUGGGCACGAUGGCUGCGCAAUGCUGCUCAGGGGGAACACGCCACCCCCCCUCCGAAGGAGCAGCUCACCUAGGCAGCAACAAGAGGAGACAGGCGAUGGCGAUCGGGCCAUAAUACUCGACGGCAGCAAGAAAGAGAAGAAAAAGGACAUCGACAAGAGCAAGGAUACAAGAACCAAGAGUAGCACUAGCAGCAGCGGCAGGGGCAAGACACCGCCUUCGAGAAUUCUCGAGGGCGAGGCAGCAGCCGCAGCCCCGCCUUCGCUGCUACACCCACCUCACCCACCCACGGCGCCAGCAGCGCCUGCGCCUUCGGCAGCGCCAGUGCUUACUGGGGCUCGGACUCAAAAUCAACAUUUGACGGCGAGCACGACUCAAACGGGGGGGGAAGGUCUCGAAGCAGAGUGGCACCUGUGUCACGACGACGAAGGAAACGCUUACUACUACAGCGAAACUACCGGGGACGACGGGAAGGGCGUUGCUGAAUCUACUACCGCUCACGGCGAUGAGAGCCGUCGGGGAUCGGAGGAGUUGGCAUCGGUGGGGCAGAAGGGGCAGCAGCAGCAGCUCCUUGAUGACUGGUCUCUGCGCGAGGACCCAACCACUGGUCACGCCUACUACCUCCACGACGCCACUCACGAAUCGGUGUGGGCGGAGGCGGACGGUUCAUUCCCUAGGGUGAACUGUAACGCCGCUGCUGCACGUGUCGGAGGAGAAGAGCACGAUGGGGGAGGCAAUGACGCGUGCGCGGAUUGGGAUGCCGGGAUUGAUCUCGGUGUUGGCGCAGCGGGGGCGAGGCCCGCGCCCGCCGCGUCCCCACCGUCGUCGUACACCCUGGAGCUCGGAGAGCAUGGAGCUGAAGUCCCCAAUGAAGGCAAGAAAACUCGUUGGACCAUAGACGCUCGUGUUCCUAAGAGCCCAGCCAGAGCGCCCACAGCCGGUGACGACAGCGAAAGUGAGUCCACCCUCGAUGGGUGUAGCCCACAUCAGGGUGGUGACCACGAAACCUACGACAGCAGCAGCCACUCCACGGGCAAACAUUUCUCUACCAGGAAAAACGACCCCAACAACAACCUCGGCCACCAACUGCGACCAGAGUCAUUCGCCUCAUCUCCGCUUGGAUACCAUGACUCCGGGGGAUCAGAUUUCCCCCCGCCGGCUGUGGCCAUUGGCGUGUGGGACACCGCAACGGAGGCCUUUCCGAGUUCGAACAAUGGUUUCGGCGUUGCCGGCAACACUACUGAUGUCAUCUGUACUACACUGCCGCCGCCGCCAUCGCAAUCGCGAUCGCAACCGGCGGAAAGGGAGGUGGUGGCGGCGGUGACGACCCAAACAAAGGCUGCCGCGAGGAACGGCGAAACGGAAACCCCGCACGAUGAUACCAACAAGCCCAAGCGCGAGACUCUCCUUGAAAGUUCGACGACAGCUGCGGGGGGAGGAAGAAGCGGCUUCUAUCCAAAAGUGGUAGAUAGGGAUGGAUACUCUAGAUAAUUGAUCACCCUUGUGAGCGUACAUGGGAAACGCAACGUGAAGGGACAACGGACUCAAAAUGGGGCUGAAAGUAGGGAGAAAGAAAUAUGUGACCGAAGAAGAGAGGUGACUUGAAAGACGAACGAGCCAAAUGUUCCGACCGACGCUGGCGUAGGUGUGGACAGUCAUGCCGCCAACCCGGGACGCGGAGUUUCUCGAGGGGGCACCAUACCCACGGGGGGAGGUAGUAAUCCGGGCCAUACAUACAACGGAUGUGGAGGUUCAUUUUUUUUGCGGGU